UAGAUCUAUAAGCAUCCGGAUGAAGUGCACUGCGUAGACAUGAACAGAGACUCCAUGACACUUUCGCAGCUAGCAUGUUUUAUCAUUUGUCACUAGCCCCCGUUACUAGAGGUAGGGCUAGUUUAGCUUGAUCUAACCUACUUCAAAAACAGAUCGCGUUACGGUUACAUCACUUAGUUUUUUGUGUGACCUACUUCGGAAAUAACGACCUUAAAGUACCAACUCGUUCUUGGUCAUUGAGCUUUAUUCUGUUCUAACAGUGUAAUGCAUUGGCUUUCCAAGUUACAACAACAGAGACCUUUUUAAAUGAUUUAGCGAAUUUGGUGUACUGCCAAGACGCGUCUAAUACCAUCGAGCACUAAACUUUUCAAACAGAAGCAGAUAUGUCGUGUCCGUGCACCUCAGCAGCCAGGUUGUUCCUAAACACUGCUCAUAGAGGUUUGUCAUGUUCCAGAAUCCAACUGUUUUCCCUGAGUCGGCAGGGCUCGCGGGAGGCUCAUUUUCAUCCUCGGAUACAUGUGAGAUCGUUUUCAGAGACUGCUGUCUGUUAUGCUGCUAAAGAUGGAACCCCUAGAGAUGGUGGGAACGAUGGUGGAAAGAAAAGUGUUAGUGAGGGAAAGAGACUUUCUGGCUCUGGAGGAUCAGGUAAAGGUGGAAGCCAGCUGCGCUGCCCUAAAUGUGGAGACCCUUGCACACAUGUAGAGACAUUUGUAUCAUCAACGAGAUUUGUCAAAUGUGAGAAAUGUCAUCACUUUUUUGUGGUCUUGUCGGAAACUGACUCCAAGAAAGGGUUAAACAAAGAAGCGGAAUCCGCUGCAGAGGCAGUGAAACUGGCGUUUGCUCAGAAACCUCCUCCACCACCCAAAAAGAUUUAUACCUAUCUGGACAAGUAUGUUGUCGGCCAAUCUUAUGCAAAAAAAGUCUUGGCAGUGGCCGUUUACAAUCACUACAAGCGCAUCUACAACAACAUCCCUGCUGGGAAUCGGCAGCAGGUGGAGGUGGAGAAGCAGCCGUCUCUAACACCCCGAGAGCUAGAGAUGAGAAGACGAGAGGAUGAGUACAGAUUCACAAAACUGUUGCAGAUCGCAGGGAUCAGCCCUCAUGGAAACGCUCUCGGCGCGUCCAUGCAGCAGCAGGCCAGCCAGCAGGCUCCUCAGGAGAGGAGAGGCGGCGAAGUUCUGGACUCCACACACUCGGACAUCAAACUGGAGAAGAGCAACAUUAUUCUGCUCGGUCCAACUGGCUCAGGAAAAACCCUUCUGGCGCAGACGCUGGCCCGUUGUCUGGAUGUCCCGUUUGCCAUUUGUGAUUGCACCACUCUCACUCAGGCUGGAUAUGUGGGGGAAGACAUCGAGUCCGUCAUCGCCAAACUGCUGCAAGACGCCAACUACUCUGUGGAAAAGGCUCAGCAAGGCAUCGUGUUCCUGGAUGAAGUUGAUAAGAUUGGCAGUGUGCCUGGAAUCCACCAGCUGAGAGAUGUGGGCGGGGAGGGAGUCCAGCAGGGAUUGCUGAAACUCUUGGAGGGCACGAUCGUCAACGUUCCUGAGAAAAACUCCAGAAAGCUACGAGGGGAAACGGUGCAAGUCGACACGACCAACAUUUUGUUUGUUGCAUCAGGUGCUUUUAACGGCCUCGACAGGAUCAUCAGCAGAAGAAAAAACGAAAAGUAUUUGGGCUUCGGAACUCCUUCUAACAUGGGGAAGGGGCGGCGUGCAGCGGCCGCGGCAGACCUGGCCAACAGCAGCGGCGAGACGGACACGGUCGCAGAGAUCGAGGAGAAAGACCGGCUGCUGAAGCACGUGGAAGCCAGAGACCUGAUCGAGUUCGGAAUGAUCCCAGAAUUCGUUGGGCGUCUUCCUGUCGUCGUUCCCCUGCACAGCCUGGAUGAAGACACGCUGGUCCGCAUCCUGACGGAACCGCGCAAUGCAGUGGUGCCUCAGUACCAAGCUCUGUUCAGCAUGGACAAAUGUGAACUCAAUGUUACCCAGGAUGCCUUGAGAGCGAUUGCCAGAAUGGCAUUGGAGAGAAAAACUGGAGCCCGCGGUCUCAGAUCAAUCAUGGAAAAACUCCUCCUGGAGCCCAUGUUUGAAGUACCACAGUCGGACAUCAUGGCCGUUGAGCUGGACAAGGACGUCGUCCAGGGAAAAUCGACGCCCCGAUACAUCAGAGCCGCGGCCAAAGAACCAUCAGAGGAGGACUACGACUCGGGCAUCGAAGAGGAAAGCUGGCCUCGCCAAGCAGACGCCGCAAACAACUGAACCACAUCGUAGCAGAGCGCUGCAGUUCUCUCCGAUUCCUCUCCUCUGCCAUCACCGUGACGUCUGAGAGGAGGCUUUUCCCUCGAAAAUCCUCCAGCGGUGCACUCACUGUGGACCUUUUACAAAGUAUUUCAAUCUCUGGGGAUUGUUAACAUUUUAUCUAUAUAAAGAUAACACAAUUUUAUUCAUAAAAUGAUUUGUAGCUAGCUUGUUUUCUCUUUCUGGUGAUGGGCUAUAAUGACAAGGGGAAACAAAAAAAUAAAAACGACGGGAUCAUACUGUACACUUGAAAAGAUGGGGGUGCUGAGAAGUGUAGAAGUGAUGUUAGCAUGUGAAGAAACGCCUUAUGUUUGAAGGGCAUAAUAAUAUUCCAGGAGCACAUCAGUAUUGUAACUUUUCCUUAACACCGUUGUAAUAAUGGUGCUGCGAGUGAACUCAGUCGUAAGCGUUUAGCUACUCUGCACAAGUAGGUGGCAUUUGUAGGCAGUUUGUAAGACCUCGAAUUAUAAGAACUUUUUUUUUAUAUAUAAAUAAAACAUGCCAGCAAACAAAAGUGAGAUUUAUUAGUGAGUUGUAACAACCAGAAUAUUUCUUUAAAAGUUUUUUCUUUUAACACACUCUGUAAGAAUGUGUUUGUACUGCAGAAAUGCACCAAAACUUUGCUUAAAAAGCAGAUGUUAGUUGUGUAGAUUUGAAGUGAUUAAAAAAUAUCUUUUUUUUAUAUAUAUAUCUAUAUAGUUGCUGUGCUUUACUGUUAAUUGGGUCUCUAAAAUAGAUUUAGGCUCUUAUUUGGAAGCUUUCCUUGUGCAGAACAGUUCACUUCCUGUGAUUGUUAGAUUAUCUCUCGUCUUCAUGAAAUGAUAACACGCAUCAGACUCCUUUCAUGUGUCAGCCUCCCUGCUGCUCUCCAAAUUAAAUUAGAUCUGUUCGCUUUUCCUUUCCAGAAAGUUCCAAACUGCCCUUUUUCAGAGGUCUGUUACAAAAGCUGCACCCACCCCCCUAAUGCUUGUAAAUUUCACACUUAUUGUGAUUGUUAAAUAAUAUAAAUAAAAUGUAAAUCUGUACAAAAA